CAUUUGCAAAGGCUGGGCUGGGGCUUAUAUAACAGGCGUCUUGCCGUGACUCAGCCAAAGUGUGCAUCGCUGUGGUUGUUUCAGCUACUGGUGGGUUUCCUGCCAGGCUUUGGACGAGAGAAGAGCCAUGGCUAAGUUCGUGCAGCUGUACACCAAGGCCAAGAUGCCCAUUGUGGGGCUGGGCACCUGGAAGUCUCAACCAGGACAAGUAGCAGCAGCUGUGAAAAAGGCCAUUGAUGUGGGAUAUCGCCAUUUUGACUGUGCUUACGUUUACCACAACGAAGAUGAAAUUGGCUGUGCAAUCCAAGAGAAAAUCAAGGAAGGGGUUGUAAAGCGUGAGGAUCUUUUCAUUGUCAGCAAGCUUUGGAGCACAUUCCAUGAGAAAGAGCUGGUGAAGGGCGCCUGUAAGAAAACUCUUGCAGAUCUGAAAUUGGAUUACCUGGACCUCUACGUAAUUCACUGGCCUCAAGCGUUCAAGGCUGGAGAUAAUCUGUUUCCCACUGAUGAAAAAGGUGUGAUCAUAAGCAGUAAUGCAAAUCCUCUAGAAACCUGGGAGGCAAUGGAGGAACUGGUGGAUGCUGGAUUAGUAAAAGCCAUUGGGGUUUCCAAUUUCAACCAUGAACAAAUUGAGAGAAUCCUGAAAAAACCUGGGUUGAAGCACAGGCCUGCAAAUAAUCAGGUUGAAUGUCACCCAUAUCUUAUCCAGGAAAAGCUGAUUAAUUACUGUCAUUCCAAAGGGAUCACUAUCACAGCAUACAGUCCCUUUGGGUCUCCUGACAGACCAUGGGCCAAGCCAGAUGAUCCAUCUCUUCUGAAUGAUCCUAAGAUCAAAGAGAUUGCUGAUAAGCACAAUAAAUCUGUAGCGCAGGUUCUGCUCCGAUUUCAAAUCCAAAGAAAUGUAGUCGUGAUUCCCAAAUCUGUCACCGCUUCACGAAUUGAGGAAAAUUUCAAGGUGUUUGACUUUCAGUUGUCAGAGCAAGAAAUGAAAACCAUCCUUGGUUUUAACAGGAACUGGAGAGCGUGCACAAUUGAAGGAUGCACCAGUCUCCCGGAUUUUCCUUUCAAUGCUGAAUAUUAAAGCCUGAAUAUCCAGAAAGUCUUCAAACCAUAGAGUAAACAGUGUCUGGGUUUUUCUAGCCCAGAUUUAGUAUGUUAUUUGAGAACUGCUGUGAUCCUUUGAUUCUUUGAAAUGGUUUUAUAUUAUCCUGCUUUUCUUAAUUUUUUUAUUUUUGUAAAGUAAAACAAUACAUUUAUAAUACAGCAGACAUAUACUAUCCAAAGCGCUUAAUUCCCCCCCCCCAUUAAUAUAAUUAUAUCCACUGUAAAUUUUACUCUUACUCUUAUAUAUAUGUUUCUAUCAUUAUCCUGCUUUUUGAAUGAAAUUACUUCUAAUAAAAUAUAUACGUACUAUU